UUCACUACUACACAAGCAGGCUCAAAACUCUGACCUCUCAAAAAUAUCUGAAAUUUGAUGCUAUUUUCGUCCUCAGUGUGACGCAACCAUGCCAUCCAUCGGUGGCUAUGAUAAUUCUCGGACCAAAGAUUGUGAUUUGGAGGAUGUAACAAGUCUCAUAUCAGUGGAAUUAGUUGGAUCAAAAUCAUCGUCGACAUCGAAAAACAUCACAGAGUUGAAGCUGAAGAAAGACAAACCGAUCGCAUCAGAAUCUACCACCAUCAUGGCACCAAACAAGAAUGGCCAGAUGGAGAGUGAGUGCAAGACAGCAUCCUCUAUUGGAAAAGAAGUUACACAACAAGACAAGAAGCUGUCUGCUGGGACAGAGAAGACAGUAGAUCCAGAGGGAGACACUCAAUGCAAUGGGAAACCCAAUGAGGAACAGAUGGAGAAGACAGCCGAAGUAAAGCGGAAGGAGUAUAAGGAGAAGCCAAAAGCAAGCUCCGUUGAAAUUCUUGGACUAAAGAAGAUGAAGAAUGCCAGGAUUCCCAACCAGGGCCACUUGGAUCAGAGUAUCUACCAGAGUGCAGAGAGUGAGCUGAGAAGACGGAAGAGCUCUCCUGCAGCUUACCACUACCAGAAGCAUCAGAGGAUUCCUGAAGAGCAGUCAGAGGAGUCAUCCGUUGACAAACUUGCCACAAAGAUGACUCAAAUGGACUUGAGUUGUGAGAAGAAAGAUGGCUUUGAGAAGAGGAUGGAAGAGGAGGUGCAGGAAAGGAACAAUCUGGUUUCAAAGGGUCCUACUCGAAGUAGUCCUCCACAGGUUAGGAUGCAACCAUACUCUAGGAAUCAACCAAGUAUGACUUGUGUUCAACCAUUUCAACAGCCACAGCAGGUGCAUGUUGGUCAAGUUACCCAUCAUCCACAGAAUCGACAAAUCAUUGUCAUUCCCAAUACAAAGUUUGUGCCCCCUGGUAUGACCCCAGCCCAUCACACAGAUGGUCGUACCAUGCAGAACGUAUCCAGGCCGCAGACCACCGUCACCAGGAAUGAACCGGUGGAAUCAUAUUGGCCUCCAUCUCCAACAGAUAGCUGUGACCCAAACUCACCUGGUAGCGUGUCUUCUCUGAGUCCUGCUCAUACAAUGCAACAGGCUCCAUCUCCAGCUUACUCCUCGGCGUAUUCCCCAGCACAGCCUCAGCUCUCACCCCAAUCCAUGAUGUCACCAGCUGAUAGCUACCAAGGCAUGUCCACCUCGCCAAACUCGCCAUAUUCUCCAGAAAACAUGGUGAUUAUCAACUCCCCUCCCAGUGUCCAGAGCGAGGAUUCUGGAAUCGCCUCACCGCCUCACAACCCCAGUGUCUACAAUUACACCUCGGUAAAUGGCACCAACAGCGGGGUCGUCAUCGACAACAGCAAACGACCCAAUGUAAAUUUAAAUCAGAUUCCUGCAGAUAAAAUGAGGUACAUCAUCCAAAACCGGCAGCAGCCAUCGUAUCAGAAGCAACAACAGCAGCCAUCGCAGGCUGAAGUGGCGCUGCAGAGCAUUGAACGAAUCAAAGAGGAUCUCAUGGCCUCAACUGCAGAGCUUCCAAGCCAACAAUGUCAUAUUCCACCUGACAAUUAUCACUAUGUUCAGAGCCCAUACAAUCGUAACCAAGUAAGCCAACCAAUGGUCAGCCAGCAACCUGCCUAUCAGCACACCAUGUACUCUGGAUCAAACCAAAUGCAGAUGGUCACACCGCCACCAACCCCUCAAGAUCAUAAUAGAAACUUGGAGAAUCUAGUCAACAAUAUGCCUCUGGACGUCUUGUGUUCUUUGGAUGAGGAAGGAGACAGUGCUCUUCACAUAGCUAUUAGCCAGGGGAACACACAGCUUGUACGCCUGAUCAUCAAUCGGUUGUUGAAGAGUGGAAGAAGAGAUGCCUUGAACCUUCAGGACAAUAUCGGACAGACACCUCUUCAUAUCUGUAUCGUAACAAACCAACCAAAUCUCAUUAUUGAACUUCUGAAAGCCGGUGCAGACAUCAUGAAGAGAAACAAAGAACAAGUGACUGUUCUCCACUAUGCAGCAGCCAAAGGUUUUUCUAACGCUCUGCUUGCCAUAUUCCACUGUUUGUGUGAGAAGAUGAUUGCCAACAUCCAAAUUGAUAUAGAAGAUAAGAAUGGCAUGUCCCCACUGCAGUGUGCUAUUCAAGCUCAUGGUCGCUUGGCCCGUGUCUAUGAUGGUACUCAAUGCAUGUAUGUUGAUAAGAUGGUUGAUAGUUUGGAUACUAUCAAGAAUCUCCUCUACCUAGGGGCUGAUCCUUCAUUCCAAGACAGAAAGAGUGGCUACACAGCCAUCCAUUAUGCAGUUGAGCUGCCACCUUGUAACAAUGUAACCCCAAACACUCACAUUCUCAAGAUCAUCCUAGAAUGGCCGGGUGUUGAUGCAAGACAACUCCUUAGGAUGCAAAACUACGCCGGAAACACUCCGCUUCACGUCAUCGCCGGUAGGGAGUUUGAUGAGGAUUACGUGGUGAGCGUGAUCGAUCACCUGAUCAGCUUUGGUGCCGACAUCGAUGUGAAGAAUCAAGAGAAGCAGUUACCUCGUGAUUUAGCAACGGUCAAGAAGAAGGAGAGACCAAAGGUUUUUGCAAGGUUGACAGGAGACCAUCUUCAAGGAAAGUGAAGUAGCCAAUCAGGGGCCUUGAUAAAAAUCAACCUUCAUUAACAAUGCAGCAAGUGACCAAUCAUAGGAGAUGUUUCAUUAGAUGAAAUCCUUUGUGCCGAAUACAGACACAUGUUUCAACUGCAUGCUCCGAGAUUCCUGGAUGUAUUGCAUGU